AUGGAGCACCUCCACAACUACAAUGACAACUUCUACUGUCUUCUGGAGGACUCUGAGGAGGACACAGGCCCCUGGCCUGGCCGUGGGCCAGCACCCCAAGUGGAUGGUACCAUCUGUGAAGGAGCUCGAUGCCUGGACGACAGUAAGAACCAACGGGGCAACCUGAGCCAGGGAGGCCACCUGAGCCCAUACAACUACCCGGGUCUUGAAGAUGACCAGAGCACCCGGGAGCCCUUAGAGCUGCGACCAGAGAAGCCAGGCCCCUCUCUGUCUGAGGUUCCAAGGCGCCAUUCCAGGAGGCGCCAACUCCCGUUCCACUUUACACUGUGGCAGGUGCAGGAAAUGGAGACCGUUUUCCAAGAAACCCAGUACCCGGAUGUGCUCACAAGGAGGGUACUAGCCAGAAACAUGAAUGCACCGGAAGCCAAAGUGCAGAAUUGGUUUAACAACAGGCGAGCCAAACAGAGGGCCUAUGAGAAGAAGACAAUGCUCAGGAGGUCACUGCCUGGAAUUCAGGACCACAUCUGCAUGAUGGACCCUGAGGAAGCCUAG